AUGGCAGGGCUCUCUGCAGCGCUGCGCUCGGAGAACACGUCGCUGCGGAUUCAGGCGACCAAGCUGCAGCAGGUUGUCCGCGAGCUGGCUGAGGAGAACGCGGCGCUUCGGCAAGAGGUGGCUGCGCGGGAGGCAGCGGCAGCCAAGGCGCAGCGCGGGCGGCUGUGGCAGCGGCGGGGCUCGGCGGGGCAUGUUGGGCCAGAGGCUGCGCGAGCGCGGGCGGUGACCCGGGCCGAGGCCGAGGCUGCGGCUGCCGAGGCUGUGGCUUGGGAGGACGAGGCCCGCAGGUGGGAGGUGGCUGCUGGCGAGGCUGCCGACGCGCUGGCCGCUUCGCAGGCCCGGGCCGAGGAGCUGGAGGCACUGGUUCUGGAUCUAAAGGGUGCGUACGAAGCACUGUGUGACAAGUACGAGGCGCUGCUCAAGGCCGAGGCCCGCGCCGGUCUAGGUCCGGCCCAGCGUCCGGUCUCGGGCCUCAAGGACGAGCUGCUGGCCACGCUGCGUGCGCGGGUGAGCUCGGGGAACGAUCCGGCGCGGGUCCAGCUACAGCUCGAGGCCCAACUGGCAGAGCAGACUCAGAUCAUCGACGACCAAGCGCGGAGGCUGGAGAUGCAGGCUGCGCUGAUUGCCCAGUACAAGCGGGAUCUGGCCGCGGCCGAGGCCCGCAGUUCGCGCGGCCCGCAAGCGUCGGCUGCACGCGACCCCGUUGCGUGGUCGCGCUCGAUUGACGCCGAUGCCACAGCCAUCCAGGCUGCGGUUCGCACCCCUCGUCGCACUGUAGCCACGGCGUUGUCGCCUGCCCGCCCGCGCCCACGCAACAGCUCGCGCUCGCGCUCGCCGUCGCCCCAGCCGUCGCCCCUGCGCCGCCACCCGCCGGCUUCACCCCUCGAACCCAAGCUCGACGAUGAGACUCGUGCUAUGCUCGCUCGUAUGGACUCUAUCGCUCGAAAGGAAGAGCCCGAGCGUGGGCCGGUGACCACCGGUGCAGACGGAAGCGAGGGCGCGGGCGAGCCUCUGCGGGGGCGCGGGAGCGGGCGGGGACGCGGGCGCGGGCGUGGGCGCGGACGUGGGCGGGGAGGCGGGCGCGGGCGCGGGCGAGGCGAUGGACGCCCGACCCGUGCAGCGCGGGCGAGCGCCAUUCAGGUUGCCGACCGAACCCUGGUAGUGGCGCUUCUGGUGUGCGUGCAGCUUCUGGGCGCAGCCGGUGACUCGGUGCUGGACAUGUAUGUCUCGCCGCGCGGGGCGCUGGUGACCGUGGCGCGGGUGGCGGUCGACACCUCUGACCGUGAGGUGGUGGCCGACUCGGCCGAAGGCGAAGAGGCUGUACCGUCGUUCGAGGUAGACUUGCUGGUGAUGGACGCAGCGCUUGUGGGAGCAAUGUUUGUAGACCCUGCGCACCGGGCGUCGAUUGCGUUUGUCGGCAUGAAUCUCAUGCUCCUGCCGCUGCUCGAGGUGUCCGAGCCGGAGGUGGCGGCGGUCGUUGUGCCAGACUUUGUUGUUGACGACGAGGAGGACGCUGUCGUCCCCCGCGCGCUGAUCAUCGGCCUCGGCGCCGGCUCGGUUGCCACUCGGGCCCGCACCAUCCUCGGGUGGUCGGUCGAUGUGCUCGAGCGCGAUGCGGCGGUUGUUAACGCUGCUGUCGCCCAUUUUGGCUACAAGCGGACGUCGGAUUCCGGCCGGACCCACGUGACGUCGCUGGCCAAGUUCCUUCAGCGGGCCACAAACGGCGCCCAAACAUACCAGGUCGUCAUCCACAAGCUCUUUACCGGCAAGGCGGCGCUCGACACGCUCUCUGUCGAGACCUUUGCCGACAUCCGCACCAAGCUGCUCGCACCGGGCGGGAUUCUCGCGGUCAAUCUGGUGUGCGCGCCGUCUGGGUCGGGCGUCGCCCUUACUCGCGCAGUCGAGGCGACGAUCCGCGCCGCCGGCUUUCCCGACCUCCGCAUUGCGGUCGAGAAUCCCGCCGACGACGUCACCAACGUGCUGUUCCUCGCCCGCGAGCUGGCGGCCGACUCGGAGUGGUCCUUCCACAUUCCGCCGUCCGAAAGCGCCCUGCUCCAUGCGCACGCCCGCGGCGACGCACCCGGCCUCGAACCCUCACCAGGGCUAGAGCCUGUGGUCAUCCGCCGUGGCAGCGCCUAUCCUGAUCUCGCUGCCCACGCCGCCGUCGUCGUCCAAUCGGCCGAGAACCAUGCCGAGCACGUUCUUGGCGGCCUCUUCCCCUCGAUCCUCGCCGCCAUCCCCGGCCGUAGCCCCAACCCUAACCCCAGCCCCGACCACCAUGAGCUGUAACAUCUCCCCCC